UCGCUCAACUCUCAGUUCAUAUCGAUUCUUCAGCGAGUCAAGUUCAGUAAUUCGCGUCGGAAAACUCUUUUGUUCAACAAUGAUGAAAUUUGUGGUAUUCUCACUCCUGGUUUGUGUAGUCUCCCUCACAAUGGGACAAAUCCUGAAGAAUGAUCCUUCAGGCAAAGCUUGCGUUGCCGGCAGCUCUUUCAAAGACGAAGAGGAUUGCAACACUUGCGUGUGCAAUGCAGAGGGAACUCAUUACUUUUGCACGAAGAAAUUCUGCCCAAGACCACAAGAUGUUCAAGGCGAUGAUCCACAAGCAUAUUCAUGCCAGCCCGGAUCGCGCUUCAAGUCUUCUGAUGGCUGCAACUGGUGUACCUGUUCUGAGGACGGCAAGAACUCAUUCUGCACUCUGAUGGCGUGCGUCAAUAUACCGGCUAAUGCUCCCAUGCCUUAUCGCAAGAAGCGAAGUGAAAAUUGCACCCCAGGAUCCACAUUCACUGCCCCAGAUGGCUGCAACACUUGCACGUGUUCCCCGAGCGGAACCGCGGCUUUCUGCACACGAAUGGAAUGCCCACCGAAGCCAGCAGAAGCUACGCCUUAUCGCAAGAGGCGAGACACUGGUAACUAAUUGCAUGAUCGGCAGCAUGACCAAAUCCCCAUCAUGCAUCUCGAGAAUGACUUAAAAUUGCGCUGAACAAUAAAUUGCCAUGUUUCUUUCUUUUUUUUUUGUUGCUUCCCAUUUAGCCAGAAGAGGCAAUAUAAUAUCGCCAAAUAGUUUGCAUAACUAAUAAAGAAACACUUUUUGCCCCACACACAAACAUUAUUAUGUUAUUUCUGAUGCCACUUCUUGUUGAUCCUUAUAGCUUUAGAGCUUGACAGCGGUAUGGUUUGUGUUCCCAACACAAGCUUCAUGAAUGAUUGCAACGUGUGCAUUUGCCCACCGGACGGCAAACGUGUGUAUUGCACACAAAGUCCGUGCAUCAAAUUCCCUUGAGGAGAUUUGGAGACACAACAUUUCCAAUGAACAAUCUUUUCUGCACAUUCUUUCCAAACACAUCAAUUCACACAAUUCUGUUCUACAUCAAACAACACAAGCUCAUUCCUUCCAAUAAUUCUCUCAACAGCUCUUCUUCAAACUGACUGAAGUGACUCUUGUAACUAUAGCCAUAUAAAUAUUUGUACACGAAAAGCAUGUGACAAUAGGAACAAUAAAAGAAUUUAAAUAAA